AUGUGGCAAGUCAUUCCAUGGUUCUUAUUAUCGACAGUCCUGGGCGAAACGAAUGCUCGACCGAACAUUGUGAUUCUCAUGGCCGAUGACCUGGGAUCAGGAGAUGUUGGCUUCAAUGGAAAUACAACGAUCGGGACGACGAAUAUCGACCAGUUGGCAACGGAGGGAGUUAUUCUGGAUCAGCACAUCGCGCCAGCAUCUGUUUGCACGCCCUCACGGGCUGCUUUCUUGACGGGCCGUCUGCCCAUUAGAUAUGGUAUUGCUGCGAAUGCUACGCGCGUUCGGGUUAAUAUUUGGAACGCGACCCCAAAUGGCCUCCCACGGAGCGAGUUGACCUUUGCCAAAGUUCUUCAGCGAGAGGGCUACAAGACUGCACUCGUUGGCAAAUGGCACUUAGGAAUGAAUAACGAAAACAACCACGACCAGCACUAUCACCCCUACAACCAUGGCUUUGAUUCUUGGUUUGGAAUUCCUUUGACGAACAUUCGAAACUGCGCUGAUGACGGAGGCUCCGUCCUUGUUCCUGGAGGCCAAUACGUACUUGAUGGCCUUAGACUUGCUUCUGCUUUCUUUUUUCUUCUGCUGCUUUCUUUGAACGCUCUUGGGUUCCUUCCGUGGUCUCUAACGAGAAUCAUCAUAGUUGGCUCAAUCCCGAACCUCGGUGGAAUUCUCUUUCAAGUAGGAUUUCAUUACACGAUGCGCUUCUCCAGCUGCCAGCUAUGGAAAGACAGGACUGUUAUCGAAGCUCCUUACAGCCUUGACAAUAUGACUCAACGCCUAGUAAACGAGGCAGAAAUUUUCUUAGACUCAGCUGCUGCUAGCGACGCCCCAUUUCUUCUGAUGCUUAAUUUUCUUCAUGUGCACACUCCCUUAUUUUCUUCACCCGAAUUCCGCGGCAAAUCGGUGCACGGUCGCUACGGGGACAAUGUACUGGAGCUCGACUGGGCUGUUGGUGCAGUUCGUGAGAAACUAGCAGCGCUUGGACUUGCGGAAAAUACGAUUGUCUAUUUUUCAACUGAUCAGGCUGCUCAUAAUGAGGAGAUAUCCGCCUCGCAAGAGAGGCACGGAGGCUACAAUAUCUACAGAGGUGGUAAAGGAAUGGGCGGAUUCGAAGGUGGAAUUCGAGUUCCCGCAGUGAUUUCCUAUCCUCGAGAAAACUGGGAAGGAGGCUGGCGUUUAAAACAAGCGACAAGCAUGAUGGAUAUCUACCCGACAAUCCUCUCACAAGCCAAGGUGUCCCCAAGUUUAUUCGCUCAAAAUGAAGCUGGUGAAGAAAACGCACUUGACGGGAGAGAUAUUUCCGCUCUUUUGAACGAAGGAGCGAAGGAAAUUCCCACUGUUCCGAGCCCUCACGAAUUCAUGUUUCACUAUUGUGGUGACAAUUUGAAUGCAAUCAGGUGGACCGAGCCGCAGACUGGUCGAGUUUGGAAGCUUCAUUAUUUUCAACCUUCUUGGGAUGAAGGAACCGAAGGAUGUGCUUCAAUUCUUAUCUGUGGCUGCUUCGGACCUUUUGUCACUUAUUACGACGAGCCACUUCUGUAUAGUCUCAACGAAGACGUCAUGGAACGAACAACUUACGAUUCCAGCAACCUUGCCAAUUACACGACAGUUGUUUCCAUAAUGGAAGAGGGCUUCAACAACUGGAGAUCAUCAUUUACAAAACCGCCUUCUAUCUACACAAGCUUCAACGCCAUCCCCCGCCCUUGGCUUCAACCCCUUUGUGAUACGUUUCCUUAUCUUACCUGCUAA